UAUUCAGUCGUUCACUAACCGCGCAGCAGUCCGCACCUGCGCCAAUGUUGACGUUGUAUUUACAACAGUGUUGUUAGAAAGUGCGAUAUUAUUUUUAAAUUGUAUGAAAAAACGUGCUUUUUGACUUUUCUAAAUAAUUGCUUUGAAACAAAUUCUUCUGUAGCAAGAUUUAUUAAAGUUGUCACAAACAGUCAUACGUUAUUAUGUUUGCAGAAAUUAUGACUGUUAGCAUCACAGCGAAACAUGAUAUACCGAAGACAGACAAUAAUGACAAUGAAACUUGUUGUAGUGAUAAGGACUGUGAUUAUGCAGGAAGUCUGGUAACGGGUCUCGUUAAGAGAUCUGUUCCACGGAACAUGAAACAUCAGGAUGGAACGAUUAGUAGUAUGGAGUCUAACGAAGAGACUUAUUGUCAAACAGAAAGAAAACUCUGUAGUUUCAAGGAGGCUCCAGAGUUUAUCAAACAUAAUAUGUUCAUUUUAACAGGAUAUAGAGGAAUUUUGAACACGCAACAAUGUCUGGAAAGUGUAUUUUGGUGGACGAACGAAACAAUCAACAUAUGGUCCCACAUGUUCGGAUUCGUUCUUUUCCUGCUAGCAUCAAUACGGGAUUUUGCAACGCUGGACGUUUAUGCACAUUUCUCGGACAAACUAAUUGUAGGCUUCGUUUUAACGUGCUUCCAGAUAUGUAUGUUGUUAUCAUCAAUGUACCACACCUUCUCUUGUCGGUCAGCUCGUGAUUUUGACAUUUUCCUUACGUUUGAUUUAUUCGGAAUCGCUAUGUCGCUUCUUGCAAUUUACAUCUCAGGAAUCUAUUAUGCUUUUUGGUGCGAUCCGGGACACUUGAAGUUCUAUCUAUUUACUGUGACGGUUAUAUUUGCAAUAGCGAUGGGUUUGCAUAUUCCAAGUUUCAAUGUUAAUGCCAAUGUGAAAAUGAUGGUGUUUGUGGCCUGGGCGGCUUAUGGGGUCGUACCAACAUUGCACUGGGCGAUACAUAUGGGAUGGUUCGAAAGUCCAAUAGUUUGCCUUCUCCUCCCUAGAGUGAUAGGGAUGUAUAUGAUAACGGGAACAGCGUUUUGUAUUUAUAUAACGAAAGUACCUGAAAGAUUUUGCUCCGGGAAGUUUGAUUAUUUUGGACAUUCGCAUCAGUGGUGGCACAUUUUAGUGUUGGCAGCUUUGUACUACUGGCACUGUACUGGAAUGAUCUAUCUGGACUAUAGGUUUAAUCAUGCUUGUGCUAGUCAUGCGACUUUAAUGUAAGAGUGGUUGUUAUUGUUAUUCUGACUGUUAUUACAUUUUUACAUUUAGUGGUGAGUUCAAUUUGUUUGAAUUUUAGUUAGGUAUUCAACUUUUUACUUGUCCUUGCAAUGUGUAAAGUGACAAAUACUAUUAAACCACAAGGUUGUGUUUAUGAUAAAGUUUGUUGGUAACAGUAUUAUCGGACAUUAAAUUAGACUGACAGUUUACCAACUACGUCAGUUGCGAAUAUUACCUACAGGUUAAUGUGUUCAGAAUGUAUACUUUGCUUGAACAAUUAAAUAAUUUUUUUUGUUCAUUUAUUUAUUGAUAGGAAAUGUUUACCACCGAGAAAUCAUCAGUCAUGAGAAUGUUUAUACAAAAUAAAUGUGAGUUUAAUAAAA